AUGCUACCGGACGAGAUCAUCGCGCAACUAAACACUGAGUUCCAAUGCCGCGAGCAGCAGAUACAGCAACUUGCCGCGCUCUACACAAUGAACAUUACGACGAGAAGAUCGACAGACGACCAUACGCGCUGGACAGAGAACCUGAGCGCGCUAUGCGUCAACCUCGCGAAGCUCCUCGAAGGGCGGGGGAAGUUUGUCCUGGUUCUAGAUGCUGUAGACAAGCUUCGAGAAAGCGCAGGAACACUGAUCGCAGCUUUGGGACGAUUGGGAGAGUCGCUCUUCUCCAUCCUCAACAACACACCGCCAAAAAUCUUCGCCACGCCACCUUCCGAAGAGCAGUUUCCAGACUACACCCCCGACCUCGCUGCCGAGGACGACGCCUGGCUCUGGUCCCGCUUCAUCUCCGCCGUCUACGACAGCCUAAGCAAGCACACGGGUCGCGACCUGCUCAGCUUCCGACGGACCUGCAUGAAACUCUGGCGCCCAUUCGUCGAACCCGUCGUCACCGGCCAAUUCGGCACCCGUGACUUCUCGCGCCUCAUCAUCAACCGCAAGCACUUGUUCCAAGUCGAAGACGCCGUGCUUGACCGCAUCGUCGCGGACGCCGAGCCUCAGGCCGCCUUAGAGCCCACGACGCCAAGUAAACGUCGCGUCGGCGAAGAUGAUGAUCCACACGCUACCAUUCUUCACCACACACCUCCGUCAUCGCAGCGUAUCUCGGCGAGCUACAAUCCCCUCCAGGACAGACCGUUACAUAUUUCAUGA